UCCUCGUCCCUUUCUCUGACCGAUCGGAAAGCCGCCGCACAAACGCGAAGGAAGAAGGGAGAGAAACUUGCCGGCUAGGGUUUGCUCCUCCGCCUCCGCCUCCGCCUCCACCGCCGCCGAUCAGGGAGAGGGGGGGGGGGCAUUCGCCGCGAUGCCGCAGUCGGUGCUGGUGGAUCGCGCGACGAGCGAGUCGCUCAUCGGGCCCGACUGGUCGCUCAACCUCGAGAUCUGCGACAUCCUCAACCACGACCCCUCGCAAGCCAAAGAUGUAGUGAAGACCAUCAAGAAACGGAUUGGGCACAAGAACUCAAAGGUUCAACUUCUCACAUUAACGUUGCUGGAGACCCUGAUUAAAAAUUGUGGCGAUUUUGUUCAUAUGCAUGUUGCUGAGAGGGAUAUACUUCAUGAAAUGGUGAAGAUGGUUAAGAAAAAGCCUGAUUAUCAUGUAAAAGAGAAGAUACUAAUUCUUAUAGACACUUGGCAAGAAGCUUUUGGCGGUGCCCGUGCAAGAUAUCCACAGUAUUAUGCAGCAUAUCAAGAGCUACUGCGUGCUGGAGCUGUAUUUCCUCAAAGACCAGAGAGUUCUGUGCCAAUCUAUACUCCUCCACAGACACACCCUCUACGGAACUAUCCACCUCCUGCUUUACGUAAUGCUGAUUAUCGACAAGAUGCACCUGAAUCAUCUUCACCACCAGAAGUACCUACUUUGAGCUUGACAGAAAUUCAGAAUGCACGUGGGGUUAUGGAUGUUCUUUCAGAUAUGUUGAAUGCUAUUGAUCCUGGAAACAGAGAGGGUCUAAGGCAGGAGGUCAUUGUGGACCUUGUGGACCAAUGCCGUUCUUACAAGCAAAGAGUGGUGCAGCUUGUUAACUCAACGUCGGAUGAGGAGCUGCUAAGCCAAGGCCUUUUAUUGAACGAUGAUUUGCAGCGUGUUCUAGCAAAACACGAUGCAAUUGCUGCUGGGAUAGCAGUUAGGGUAGAAAAACCAAAAUCACUGCAGGCUCGUGAGGACAGUUCUCCAACAAAGCCGGCGGUGAAAAAAGAGGGAGAUCAAAGGCCUUCUGAAGGAGGCAGUAACAUGACUCCAUUUGAGCAGUUAGCGCUUCCUGCGCCUCCAUCAUCCAGCAGUUCAAAAUCUAGUGGAGGAGCAGCCAUUAACCCUAAUAUUGACCUACUUAGUGGAGAUGAUUUCUUCAAACCAGAACCUGUUAAUUCCCAAGCCCUUGUUUCUGUAGGCAAUCCACCUGCAGCUUCAGCUUCUUCAGGCCAUAGUACUUUAGACCUUAUGGACAUGUUUGCAGACAGCAGUGUUGGCGAUAAUAACAACCAGAACCCUGCCAUCUCUGUAUUAAACACACAUCCUAAUCUCUCUGCACCACAAGCCUAUCCUUCUCGACAGCAUCCUGUUCCACCACAACAGCAUUCUCCAUAUUCUAAUGGGUUAAAUUCGAGUACAAUGACACCAUAUGAUCAACGCUCUGACUUAAACUCGGCAAGUCCAUGGAAUGGUCAGUUUGCUCAUGGAACGGUUCCACCUCAGCAGGCACCAAAUUAUGGUCAAGAUGAUCAAAACAGCAACCUCCCGCCACCACCUUGGGAAGCCCAGCCUACAGAAAGUGAUCAAUUCCAAGCUGGCUAUCCUGGUGGGCUAUCAAUACCAUCUGGACAACUAGGAGUUAGUCAACCCCAACCAGUUCAAGUUACCCAGUCUGGCCAACAAGUUGCGCUGUCACAACCAAUGCCAACUGGACAAUUAGGAGGAAUGCAGUUUCAGCCUGGAGUUGGGGUUCAACAACCGCAUUCUAUGCAAAAUAUGCAGUAUGGGGGAAUGUACCCUCCAGUGCAAGGCAACCUACCAGCAGGCAUGUAUCCCCAGCAGAUGGCAGGAGAUUUCUACCAGCAACAUAUGUAUGGUGGCCAGAUGGCCGGUUAUGGCUAUGGUCAGCAGCCUGGAGACUACUAUGCUCCGAAUGCUGGAUAUGUGUAUGCCAGUGCAAAUGAGCUUUCCCAUAGGAUGAAUGGGCUCUCGGUGCAAGACAACAGUUUAUAUGGUACACCUGCAUCCUCUUCCAUCCAGCAGCGUAAUAAGCCAAGCCGACCAGAAGAUUCACUCUUUAGUGAUCUUGUCAACAUCGCCAAAACAAAGCCUAGCAAAACUGGCAUCUAAUAAGGCCGGUAACCUGUAAAGAUAACUGGAAUCUUAUUAUGCCUUCUGGCCAUGGUGAUAGCUUUUGCUCAUAGUAUGUAAGUUCUUGGAAAAAAGUUUUCCCUAUUGGGAAAUAGCAGGUGAGAGUUAUAGAUUCCGAAGCUCAUAGUGUGGUUUGGCAUAAUUUUAUUUUGUUUACUUUGCGAGUUAUAAUAUAUAAUGAUUUUUUUGUACA